AUGGCAGCGGCACUGCUGCUUCAUCUGCUCCUUAUUAAUAACGUGUUCGGUGCCCGGACGCAACUAUCAAAGAUCGAUCUUGGAACUCCAACCAUAUUCACCCGCCGGCUUUUCCACGUGGGGGAGAUCCAGUUCUUCCGAUUCUCCGGGCUGCUGGACGAGGGGGUGGGGUUCAGAAAGAGCGGUCUGCAGACCCUGGCGGUGCACGGGUUCUUUCUUUCCCUUGGAGGAGCUCGUGUGGAAAGUGCAGAUUUCGGAACUUGCCUGGCAGGCGCUGAUGGAGUCCUUUCUCUCCGAGGAGUGGUAGCCUGGCUGACCCACGUUCCUCUUCGCGCCUCGCUCUCCUCCUCCCGGGCUCUCUCCUCGAAGGUUAUUUGUAGCCUCUUCGGCGUGUUGGGACAGCAGCCCUACUGGGGCCUAGCCAGCAACCUGGAGUGUGCAUGUGGUCGGAGCCACUUCACGUGUGCAGUGAGUGCCCUCGGCGAGUGUACCUGCAUCCCGGCCCAAUGGCAGUGUGACGGGGACAAUGACUGCGGGGACCACAGCGAUGAGGAUGGGUGUAUGCUGCCAACCUGUUCCCCUCUGGACUUCCACUGUGACAACGGCAAGUGUAUCCGCCGCUCCUGGGUGUGCGACGGGGACAAUGACUGUGAAGAUGACUCUGACGAGCAGGACUGUCCCCCCCGGGAGUGUGAGGAGGAUGAGUUCCCCUGCCAGAACGGCUACUGCAUCCGGAGUCUGUGGCACUGUGAUGGAGACAACGACUGUGGUGACAACAGUGACGAGCAGUGUGACAUGCGCAAGUGCUCAGACAAGGAAUUCCGCUGCAGUGAUGGGAGCUGCAUUGCUGAGCAUUGGUACUGCGACGGAGACACGGACUGCAAAGACGGCUCUGACGAGGAGGGCUGCCCCUCAGCAGUUCCCUCUCCUCCUUGCAACCUGGAGGAGUUCCAGUGUGCCUAUGGCCGCUGCAUCCUCGACAUCUACCACUGUGACGGAGAUGACGACUGCGGAGACUGGUCGGACGAGUCUGACUGCUCUUCCCACCAGCCCUGCCGCGCUGGGGAAUUCAUGUGUGACAGUGGCCUGUGCAUCAACGCAGGCUGGCGCUGUGAUGGAGACGCAGACUGUGAUGACCAGUCUGACGAGCGCAACUGCACCACCUCCAUGUGCACAGCCGAACAGUUUCGCUGUCGGUCAGGCCGCUGUGUCCGUCUGUCCUGGCGCUGUGAUGGGGAGGAUGACUGUGCAGACAACAGUGAUGAGGAAAACUGUGAGAACACAGGAAGCCCCCAGUGUGCCUCCGACCAGUUCCUGUGUUGGAACGGGCGUUGCAUUGGGCAGAGGAAGCUGUGCAACGGGGUCAAUGACUGCGGUGACAACAGUGACGAAAACCCACAGCAGAACUGUCGGCCCCGGACGGGUGAGGAGAACUGCAAUGUUAACAACGGUGGCUGUGCCCAGAAGUGCCAGACGGUGCGAGGGGCAGUGCAGUGUACCUGCCACACAGGCUACCGGCUCACAGAGGAUGGGAGAACAUGCCAGGAUGUGAACGAAUGUGCUGAGGAGGGCUACUGCAGCCAGGGCUGCACAAACAGCGAGGGGGCUUUCCAGUGCUGGUGUGAAGCAGGUUAUGAGCUACGGCCUGACCGGCGCAGCUGCAAGGCUCUGGGGCCAGAACCUGUGCUACUCUUUGCCAAUCGUAUCGACAUCCGGCAGGUGCUCCCGCACCGCUCUGAAUACACACUGCUACUCAACAACCUGGAGAACGCCAUUGCCCUUGACUUUCAUCACCGGCGGGAGCUGGUCUUCUGGUCUGAUGUCACCCUGGAUCGCAUCCUCCGUGCCAACCUUAAUGGCAGCAAUGUGGAGGAGGUUGUGUCUACUGGGCUAGAGAGCCCAGGGGGCCUGGCUGUGGAUUGGGUCCAUGACAAGCUCUACUGGACUGACUCUGGGACAUCGAGGAUUGAGGUGGCUAACCUGGAUGGGGGCCAUCGGAAGGUGCUGCUGUGGCAGAACCUGGAGAAGCCCAGGGCCAUUGCCCUGCACCCCAUGGAGGGAACCAUUUAUUGGACAGAUUGGGGCAACACUCCCCGCAUUGAGGCCUCCAGCAUGGAUGGCUCUGCACGCCGUAUCAUUGCUGACACUCAUCUCUUCUGGCCCAAUGGCCUCACCAUCGACUAUGCUGGACGCCGUAUGUACUGGGUGGAUGCUAAACACCACGUCAUCGAGAGGGCCAAUCUAGAUGGGAGUCACCGCAAGGCUGUCAUUAGCCAGGGCCUCCCACAUCCCUUUGCCAUCACAGUUUUUGAAGACAGCUUGUAUUGGACAGACUGGCACACCAAGAGCAUCAAUAGUGCCAACAAGUUUACUGGGAAGAACCAGGAGAUCAUUCGUAACAAGCUGCACUUCCCCAUGGAUAUUCAUACCUUACACCCUCAGCGCCAGCCUGCAGGGAGAAACCGUUGUGGGGACAAUAACGGAGGCUGCACUCACCUGUGUCUGCCCAGCGGCCAGAAUUACACCUGCGCCUGCCCCACUGGCUUCCGCAAGAUCAACAGCCACGCCUGUGCCCAGAGUCUUGACAAGUUCCUGCUUUUUGCCCGAAGGAUGGACAUCCGUCGGAUCAGCUUCGACACAGAGGACCUGUCCGACGAUGUCAUCCCACUGGCUGACGUGCGCAGUGCUGUGGCCCUGGACUGGGACUCCCGGGAUGACCACGUGUACUGGACCGAUGUCAGCACUGAUACCAUCAGCAGAGCCAAGUGGGAUGGAACAGGACAGGAGGUGGUAGUGGAUACCAGUUUGGAAAGCCCUGCUGGCCUGGCAAUUGAUUGGGUCACGAACAAGCUGUACUGGACAGACGCAGGUACAGACCGAAUUGAAGUGGCGAACACAGACGGCAGCAUGAGGACAGUGCUCAUCUGGGAGAACCUUGAUCGUCCUCGGGACAUCGUGGUAGAGCCCAUGGGCGGGUACAUGUAUUGGACUGACUGGGGUGCGAGUCCCAAGAUUGAACGAGCUGGCAUGGAUGCCUCCAGACGCCAAGUCAUCAUCUCCUCUAACCUGACGUGGCCUAACGGAUUAGCUAUUGACUACGGGUCCCAGCGGCUGUACUGGGCUGAUGCCGGCAUGAAGACUAUUGAAUUUGCUGGGCUGGAUGGCAGCCAGAGGAAGGUGCUGAUUGGAAGUCAGCUCCCCCACCCUUUUGGGCUGACUCUGUAUGGACAGCGCAUCUAUUGGACCGACUGGCAGACCAAAAGUAUACAAAGCGCUGACCGGCUGACCGGGUUAGACCGGGAGACUCUACAGGAGAACCUAGAAAAUCUCAUGGACAUCCAUGUCUUCCACCGCCAGAGGCCUCCAGUGAUAACGCCAUGUGCUGUGGAGAAUGGUGGCUGCAGCCAUUUGUGUCUCCGGUCCCCAAAUCCUAGCGGCUUCAGCUGUACCUGCCCCACAGGCAUCAACCUGCUGAUUGAUGGCAAGACGUGUUCACCAGGCAUGAACAGCUUCCUCAUCUUCGCCAGGAGGAUCGAUGUGCGCAUGGUCUCCUUGGAUAUCCCGUAUUUUGCUGAUGUGGUGGUCCCAAUCAACAUGACCAUGAAGAACACCAUUGCCAUUGGAGUGGACCCUCUGGAAGGAAAAGUGUACUGGUCUGACAGCACGCUGCACAGGAUCAGCCGAGCCAGCCUGGACGGCUCACAGCAUGAGGACAUCAUCACCACAGGUCUGCAGACCACAGAUGGACUUGCGGUGGAUGCCAUCGGCCGGAAAGUAUACUGGACGGACACGGGGACCAAUCGGAUUGAAGUUGGCAACCUGGAUGGGUCUAUGCGAAAAGUGUUGGUGUGGCAGAACCUUGACAGUCCCCGGGCCAUUGUACUAUACCACGAAAUGGGGUUCAUGUACUGGACAGACUGGGGAGAGAAUGCCAAGUUAGAGCGGUCUGGAAUGGAUGGUUCAGAUCGCACUGUGCUCAUCAGCAACAACCUAGGAUGGCCCAAUGGGCUGACUGUGGACAAGGCCAGCUCCCAACUGCUGUGGGCUGAUGCCCACACUGAGAGAAUUGAGGCAGCCGACCUGAAUGGUGCCAAUCGGCAUACACUGGUGUCACCAGUACAGCACCCAUAUGGCCUCACUCUGCUUGACUCCUAUAUCUACUGGACUGAUUGGCAGACCCGUAGCAUCCACCGGGCCGACAAGAAUACAGGCAGCAAUGUCAUCUUGGUGAGGUCCAACCUGCCAGGCCUCAUGGACAUCCAAGCUAUUGACCGGGCACAGCCACUGGGUUUUACUAAGUGUGGUUCAAGAAAUGGUGGCUGUUCCCACCUCUGUUUACCUCGGCCUUCUGGUUUCUCCUGCGCCUGCCCCACUGGCAUCCAGCUGAAGGGGGACGGGAAGACCUGUGACCCCUCUCCAGAGACCUACCUGCUCUUCUCUAGCAGAGGCUCCAUUCGCCGUAUCUCACUGGACACCGAUGACCACACAGAUGUGCAUGUUCCUGUUCCUGGGCUCAACAAUGUCAUCUCCCUAGACUAUGACAGUGUGGAUGGAAAGGUCUACUACACAGAUGUGUUCCUGGAUGUUAUCAGGCGAGCGGACCUGAAUGGCAGCAACAUGGAGACUGUUAUUGGGCACGGGCUGAAGACCACUGAUGGCCUGGCAGUGGACUGGGUUGCCAGAAACCUGUAUUGGACAGAUACAGGCCGAAAUACCAUCGAAGCAUCUCGUCUAGACGGUUCCUGUCGCAAAGUGCUGAUCAACAACAGUCUAGACGAGCCCCGGGCCAUUGCUGUUUUCCCCAGAAAGGGGUACCUCUUCUGGACAGACUGGGGCCACAUUGCCAAGAUCGAACGGGCAAACCUGGAUGGUUCUGAGCGGAAGGUCCUCAUCAACACAGACCUAGGCUGGCCCAAUGGCCUUACCUUGGACUAUGAUACCCGCAGGAUCUACUGGGUAGAUGCCCAUCUGGAUCGGAUCGAGAGUGCUGACCUCAGUGGGAAGCUGCGGCAGGUCUUGGUCAGCCAUGUGUCCCACCCCUUUGCCCUCACACAGCAGGACAGGUGGAUCUACUGGACAGACUGGCAGACCAAGUCCAUCCAGCGUGUCGACAAGUACUCAGGUCGCAACAAGGAGACAGUGCUGGCCAAUGUGGAGGGACUCAUGGACAUCAUCGUGGUGUCCCCUCAGCGGCAGACAGGGACCAAUGCCUGUGGUGUGAACAAUGGUGGCUGUACCCACCUCUGCUUUGCCAGAGCCUCUGACUUUGUGUGUGCCUGUCCUGAUGAGCCUGACAGUCAGCCCUGCUCCCUUGUCCCUGGCCUAGUGCCUCCCGCUCCCAGAGCUACCAGCAUGAGUGAAAAGAGCCCAGUGCUACCCAACACAUUGCCCACCACCCUGCGUUCUUCUACCACCAGGACCCGCACAGCUCUGGAGGGGACAGUAGGAAGAUGCUCUGAAAGGGAUGCCCAGCUGGGCCUCUGUGUACAUUCCAAUGAGGCUGUACCUGCUGCUCCAGGUGAAGGACUUCACAUCAGCUACGCCAUCGGUGGGCUCCUCAGUAUUCUGCUGAUUUUGAUGGUGAUCGCAGCUUUGGUGCUAUACAGACACAGAAAAUCUAAACUCACGGACCCUGGGAUGGGAAACCUGACCUACAGCAACCCCUCCUACCGAACUUCCACCCAGGAAGUGAAAAUCGAAGCAGUUCCCAAACCAGCCAUGUAUAAUCAACUGUGCUAUAACAAAGAGGGUGGACCUGACCACAACUACACCAAGGAGAAGAUCAAGAUUGUAGAGGGAAUUUGCCUACUCUCUGGAGAUGAUGCUGAAUGGGAUGACCUCAAGCAACUGCGAAGCUCCCGGGGGGGCCUUCUACGGGAUCAUGUGUGCAUGAAGACAGACACAGUGUCCAUCCAGGCCAGCUCUGGCUCCCUAGAUGACACGGAGACAGAGCAGCUGCUGCAGGAAGAGCAGUCUGAGUGCAGCAGUGUCCACACUGCGGCCACGCCCGAAAGACGGGGCUCUCUGCCAGACACGGGCUGGAAACAUGAACGCAAGCUAUCCUCGGAGAGUCAGGUCUAAGUGGCCACGUUCUCUUCCCCGCCUGCCCGCUCCUUCUCCUCUGUGGACCUCUGAUCCUUGUGCUCACAUAACAGCAGGCCCCUUUCCCAUGUGCUCAUCUUCCUCCUCCCACCCCAAACUGCUUCCAAGCCCCCAUAGAACCUGUUACUCACCCGAGUCCACAACUUACCUGGGGACAAGAAAUGAGGGCACAUCUCAAGAAUUUAGACCUGUUUACCAUGAA